ACACACACAUAUAUCAGGCCAUCAGCAGGAUUUGUAUAAACAGUGACUCUCCUAUGAAGGCAAAGGCCACCCCCCUUCAGUUCCAGUGACUGAGAUACAUUUUUCCAAUCCUGGGGGCAAAUACAGACGCAGCAAGUUCCUUCUUCCCUUUGGAAAUUUGGCAGCUGCCUUCACCAGUGAACACAAAGCCACAUUUCAAAGGAGACUGACAAAUUAUCCCCAGCUGCCAGAAGGAGAAAUCCUCACUGGACAGCUUCCUGUUUCCUGUGCUUUGUUACCUGAUUGGCUGCAGGGAUGAAAGCUUUCGAGUUAAUUGGAGGAAUGGUCCUCCUCACCUCUGUGUUUUCAGCAUGUUCCGGACAACGUGCAAUGUCUGUGCUGUGCUCCAUAGAUUGGUUAAUGGUCACAGUACACCCCUUCAUGUUGAACACUGAUGUAUAUGUACACUUUCAUGAGCUACACUUGGGCCUGGGUUGCCCUGCCAACCACGUUCAGCCAUAUAUCUACCAGUUUACCUACCGUGUUACUGAAUGUGGCAUCAGGGCCAAGGUCAUCUCUCAGGACGUGAUUAUCUACAGCACUGAGUUGCACUACACUUCUAAGGGCACAUCAUCUAGGUAUGUGUUCCCAGUGUCAUGUGCUACCCCUCAAAAGUCCCCAUGGCUCACCAAGCCCUUCUCCAUGAGAGUAGCCAGCAAGAGUGGAACCAGAGCACCAAAGAAUGAGACAUGCUAUGAAGUGUUCAGCUUGUCACCGUCCAGCCAAAGGCCUGACUGUGACUGUCCACCUUGUGUCUUCAAUGAGGAAGGGCAAACUCAGGUCCCCUGUCACCAAGCAGAGUCUCAGGAGGCCCAUUCUAUGCAGCCAUCUCACUUUCUUGAUAUUGGUGAGGAUUGGUCUCUUCGCUCGGAUGAUCUGAUUGAGUCCAUGUGAUCCCCAGGUUUGAAGUCUCCAGAAGAUACUGUUUCUAGAACUACUAUACAGUGUUUACGCAUAUCAGACAAAUAAGUGUUCUUGUGGCCCUCUUCUGAGCGUUUUUGAGAAAGGGCAACCCAUGGCAACUUUAUGAAUAAAGCUUUUUAAAUAUUUUUAUAUCCUUUUUAAAGGAGAAUAAAAUUCUGGUGGCA